GAAUCCUUCCGUCAGUAAGAACGUGCUGACGCGUUUAUGUAACUCGCGCAUGCGUAGUUCAGUUCUUCUACACGUGCACUAUGGAGACUAAAACAGAAGAGAAGCUCAGUCUUGAUAUUUAUCAGGUGAAGAAGGCUGUACAGGCAUUGCAGGCUUAUUUGAAGAGCACCUCAUCCCAGAAUCAUCUUCUGAAUGAGACACAGCAAAUUUGUCUACUCAUAACGUUAUGGAAGGUCCCCAAACAAGACCAAACUAUCCGCAUUCCUUUGUCUCAUGGGCUCCGUACCGAAUCUGCUGAAGUGUGCCUCUUCACCAGAGAUGAACCUAACAUGACUGCAGACCAGACUGAGAGGUUCUACAAGAAAUUACUGACACAGAGGGGUCUCAAAAACAUCCCUGAGGUGAUUCCCUUUAAAGUUCUGAAGACUGAAUAUAAGCCUUUUGAAGCCAAGAGAAGACUUCUGGGAAAUUUUGACCUCUUCCUAGCGGAUGCACGCAUUUACCGUCGUUUACCCUCACACAUUGGGAAGCAUUUUUAUGAGCGGAAAAAGGCCCCACUUUCUGUGGAUCUGGAGAGCAACCGCCUAGUCAAAGAUCUAGAGCGCCUCGUUCAAGGAACCAGGCUCAAUGUCACAAAGAAAGGCUCCUGCUGUAUGGUGCGUGUGGCACACACAGGAAUGACUGCAGACGAAAUUGUUGAAAACAUUGUUACAGCAGUUGGCACUAUUUCAUCAAAGUUGCAUCUGAAAGGAAAAGGCAUCAAAGUCAUCCACUUGAAAAGUCAGACUUCUGUGGCUCUUCCAAUCUAUACCUCUGACCUUAGUCAUCUCAAUCUGCUGGAAGAGGAGCUGAGGAAAGCCAGAUUAGCAAAGGGUGCACAGAAAAUAAAGAAAAAGAACACCAAGAAAACUAGUUUAAAGAGAAAGAUGGAUAAAACUAGUUUGAAGAAAAAGGCAAGUGAUAACAAAAAUGAAGGGAACACACUUGAAGAGGAAGAUGAGGAAAUCCCGCAGCUUGUGCCUAUCGAGUCUCCAAACAAAAAGACAAAGCUGGAGGCUCUAUCCAAAACAGGACCAAAGAAAACACCCAAGCCGAACACGGCUAACAGAAACCUGAAACCGAGACGAGGGCAGAAAAAAACGAGCAAAAAAGCUCCAAAGGCCCAAGUACAGAAAAAGAAAAAAGUGACUUCUGUUUAAAAUAGCUUGUAUACAUUGUUUUUAUUUUUCCACCACUUUUUGACGUUCUCCAGCUUCGCAGCGUGAUGAUCCAAGGGUUUGUGAAUGCUACUGCAUCUCUGAAGUUGCACCUGCCCUUUGUGCCUGUGUUCUGUUACAGGCUAUUUUGUAGAUGUAAAGGCAAUAAAUCUAUUUACUCAAUUACACUA